AUGGCCAAACCACGCCGCUCCCAGCGUCUAAGCCGCCGCCGCGGCUCCCCAAGCUACUCCUCCCCCGAGCCGCCCCGCGUGAAAGCCCGCACCGCCAAGGCAGAGCGAGAAGCAACACGCCUCAAGAACGGUGGAAAGCCAAAGCGGUACUUCUUCACGUCUCCCGAGGACGACGAGGGGCGGGACAUGCGGCGCAAACGGAAGCGCACCGAGAAUAACGACACGGACAGUGGCUGUGAGGCAUCCGGGAGCGCGCCCGAGAGCACACCCGAGCGCACGCCCAAGGUCGCCCGUACGGGGCAGCGAUACACGCCCGCCCCGCAUGGCGCCUUCAUGAACUUCGAGUACGACCCCCCCAGCACGCCUGUGCCGCAGAGGGUUACCUCGGGGAGCGAGGCAAGUGAAGAACUCCUCCUGACCUCUGGCGGCACAGGUGCCCAAACCGAGAGCCAGGGCGAGGAAGUUGAAGCCGAGUCCGCUGCGUCGCCCGUGGUCACGCCGGCCCGGCAGAUUGCUCGGUCGACGACCCCCACCCGGGUUCGUGCCCGGCGUAGCGGCGCCCCGCCCCCCUUCACAACUCCAACGGUCCGGUUCCAGGCUCCCAGCGACGACACUCCCAGCACCGACAGGUCGGACGAUGGGAGCGCGGCCGACGAUGAGGACUUUUGGAAUGCGUCACUCGAACGCGGCCUGACCGUUCGGGGUCUCCGGGACGUCUGCCAGCGCUUGAGGGACCGGAGCAUCCGGAACGAGCUCAGCUUCGUCGUGGCCGUACUGGAGGACCGGGUUGAGUCCGACGACGAGCUCCCUUCUCCGUUCGAGGAUCUCGUCGGAUUCUACCAGCGACGAGACUUCGUUGCUGCCGGCUUCGGAUGGAGCAACGAUGCCGGCGUAGCCGUGCCCACUACUUAUGCUGACCCCGAGUCUGUCGAGACACGGGACGAGGGCCCUGCGACGGCCUCGGCUUCCGACGACAUCAACUUGUGGGAGGCAUAUUGCGACGGACUGGGUCGCCCGACAGAGGCCGACAUGGCGCGCGUGCCUUCCCGGCCUCGAGGGAUGUGGACGCUCCUGGACAGCCUGUUCUCCACUGUAACCCCUGCCAUGACAGAGAGCGUGAGUCAGACACUUGUCGAUAUACUAACGACCAGCACGGCCUCGAGUUCGGCAUGA